AUGUCGGGGAUAUUUGGGAAAGGGAAGACGUGUCACUCCGCCGCAGCUCCUGACAAGACUCCAGCUGAGUGCAACCUGGUGCUUCUCGGUGUGAUGGGCUGCGGGAAAUCAGCACUGACUGUCAAAUUCCUCACAAAGCGCUUCAUCAGUGAAUACGACCCCCAUCUAGAGGAUGUCUACUCAUCAGAAGAGAAGGUGGACCAGCAGCUAGUCACAGUGAGAGUGAUGGACACCUGUGACCAGUGUGUGUUUCUGGUUUCUGUGUGUGUACAGGAGGGUCCAGUGAACAGUGAGCGUUAUCUGUCGUGGGCCAGCGCCUUCCUCGUCAUCUACAGCAUCGUCAACAUGGAGAGCUUUAAAGGAUGCCAGCUGUACUUGCAGACUCUCGCCCUGCACAACAAAACCUUCAAUCCACAAACUCCCAUCAUCCUACUGGGGAACAAGCUGGACAUGGACAGAUACAGGCUGGUGAGUCAGUGUGACGGUGAGCUGCUGGCGUCUCGAUUCGGCUGUUUGUUCUUUGAGGUGUCGGCCUGUCUGGACUUCCUGUCUGUGCAGCACGUGUUCUAUCAGGCGGUGAGGAGUGCGAGGCGCAGGGGGGAGCGCGGCUGUUUGGUACCGGCCAUCUACGUCAGCGAGGAGAAAGCGCUCCUCGGCGUCCCCUCCUUCACCACCCCCUGCUACAAGGAGCUGCCGACCCCCGCCACGGCCAAGCUGGUGACCGUGAAGACAUCCAGAGCCCAGAGCAAACGCAGGGCCGCCACACUCACCCUGCUAAAGGGCUUCAAGAUCUUCUGACUCUCCCUGACACCCUCUACCUGGAACCACUGGCUCUUUGAAAAGACCAUGCUGCACAGGAGGUGGACACAAUAAUAUGAACAGCUAUACAGCGAGUGCACAGACAUGUUCGCCAGCCUUGAGGUUAAAGGACGACCAACGCAACCCCCCUGAGUCACAUACACUACCGUUCAAAAGUUUGGGGUCACUUAGAAAUGUCUUUAUUUUUCAAAGAAAAGCACUGUUUUUUCAAUAAAGAUAACAUUAAUCAAAAAUACACACUAUACAUUGUUAAUGUGGUAAAUGACUAUUCUAGGUGGAAACGUCUGGUUUCUAAUGACAUAUCUCCAGAGGUGUAUAGAGGCCCAUUUCCAUCAACUAUCACUCCAGUGUUCUAAUGGUGCAUUGUGUUUGCUAAUCGCCUUAGAAGACUAAUGUCUGAUUAGAAAACCCUUGUGCAAUUAUGUUAGCACAGCUGAAAACAGUUAUGCUGGUGAUAUAAGCUAUACAACUGGCCUUCCUUUGAGCUUGAAGUUUGAAGAACAAAAUUAAUACUUCAAAUAUUAAUCAUUAUUUCUAACCUUGUCAAUGUCUUGACUAUUUUCUAUUCAAUUUUCAAUUCAUUUGAUAAAUUAAAGUGAGUUUUCAUGGAAGACACGAAAUUGUCUGGAUGACCCCAAACUUUUGAACGGUAGUGUACGUUCUGAUGAUUUGAGUAGUUUCACGGUGGCCUUGACAAUACAUCACAUUUCAACACAAUUUUGCAGGGAAACGCUCUUUUCCCUUGGACAAAAGAGAGGCCGUUAUUGUCUAGCACCUGGAAGCGAAAAUGAUUUGGUCAAAGCCAUGGACAAAACACUCCAUUUGAAACAGAGACCAGCACAGCAGCUGACUCCAUUAGCAUUUAUAUGCUUUAUCUUGACUGAUCUCACCAAAAUAAUCACUACGGACAGAUUGUUCUCCCCUCCCUCUUGAAGCUUUAGUUAUACUCACAAGCCACGGACAUUAUGGACUCGGUGGGCUGCUGUCAGGUUUAUCAACCAAGACUUGAGGUGACGGCCCACCAUUUAUCGUCAUCACCAUUUCUGUCGUGUCCUUAAGCUUUUAUUAUGGUCCUUCUCCUGUUUUUAGGAUUUCUUCUCUUGAACAUUUCUCUUGUUUUUCGUUUGUAUCAUGUUAUUACGAUGGUGGGAUUAACACCGUUUUGCUUAUCAACCGCUGAAAAGGUGAAAUACGUCGAAUGUCAACGUAAAAGAAAAUUGAAAAAGAAUAUUAUACAAAAUAAAUUACUUUUAGCACAAUA